CUUCUUCCUCUAAUGAGCUAAAAAGCCCUAAUUCUAUAUCAAUGGCGAGGAUGAAGCUUCUGACGUGGCUCUCAAUAUGGGCGCUCUGCUUGAUCUCACAGUCACAUGGAGCUCAAGCAGGCGCUCAAUGCAACGGAGAGGACCUGAAUGCCCUGCUAAAAUUCAAAGCAGGGAUUAAAAAAGACCCCACGGGUGCGCUCAAAACUUGGCAAGGCCAAGACUGCUGCAAUGCCAAAUGGCAAGGCGUCACCUGUGACACCCGCACAGGAAAAGUAAUUGUGAUCGAUCUGAAAGCUCCGGCGUCCAACAAGAACGCCUUCAUGACCGGAACAAUUGCAAAAUCCAUCGGCGAUCUCUCAGCUCUCAUAGUUUUCCGCUUAAGUGGCUGGAAAAACAUCACCAGCAAAAUCCCCAAUUCAAUCGCCGGUCUACCGCAGCUCCGCACUCUUGAUUUAUCCGACAACGAUCUGAUCGGGAAAUUUCCGACAUGGAUACCCAAGUUGAGCAAGCUGAAAGUCCUACGCCUCCGCGGUAACCAGCUGAAAGGACUCGUCCUGCCGGAAAUAACGACGCUGAGUGAGCUGCAGAUUCUGGAUUUGGCAGGCAACCGGAUAACUGAAACCUUACCGACCGCCAUGGGAGACCUGAAAAAUCUCCAGCAGGUUUAUCUCAACGACAAUCUGUUUUAUGGGCCUCUUCCUGACUCCAUGGGUUCUGUGAAGACACUGAGCAUACUGAACGCCGCCAAUAAUAUGUUGGUGGGUGGCAUUCCUUCCUCGUACGGAAAUCUUGCGGCGCUGACAUUGUUGUCUUUGUACCACAAUAAUUUGACGUACGCCAUUCCGGCUUCGUUGGGUGGGCUGUCGAAUCUGGUGGAGUUAAGGCUCGAGAGGAACAUGCUCACGGAUUCGAUUCCUGCGGAGAUAUUGGGUCUGAAGAAUCUGAAGCGUUUUGAUGUGAGUUACAACUAUUUGUGCGGUCAAAUUCCUCAGGGGAAGACACUGAAGGUGUUUCCCGUGUCUUCGUAUUCGAACAAUCGGUGUUUGUGUGGAUUGCCCCUAAGCCCUUGCUAAGGAACAAGGAUUACCCUCUUUACUUUUGCCUUCCCCAUGCACGAUUUUAACAGGAGUUUGUAGGAUGUUGGUUUUGCUUGUUUUGAAACUGUAAUAAAUAAUGUAAGGCAAUAACUGGAAGGCAUAAAUUGUGUAGGUAAUCUGAAAGUAGGGAUUUGCUAGAAUUUAUAUCGAUGUUUAGUCGUU